AUGACUCACCUUGACCUCUCUAACUCCAAUUUCAGUGGCCCAAUCCCUACAGAAAUUUCCCACCUUUCCAACUUGGUUUCACUCAAUCUCUCCCAAGCUGCUGUGACACUAGAUACUCUUAGCUUGAACAGAAUUGUUCAAAACCUAACCAAUCUUAGGGAGCUUGAUAUGGCUGCAGUUGAUAUGUCAUCAGUUGUACCUGAUUCCUUUAACAAUCUGUCUUCUUCGUUGACAACUCUUAUACUCUUUCAUUGCCACUUGCAAGGAAAAUUCCCAGAGAGCAUUUUCCACCCACCAAACCUUCGACAAGUGGAUUUAGGUUCAAACUAUAACCUCACAGGUUAUUUCCCCAAGUCUAACUGGAGCAGUCCACUCGAAAGCUUAGACCUCUCUCAUACUAGAAUCUCAGUAGAUUGGCAUCAUCUCACCAGAAACUUCAGGUCUUUGAGAUAUUUGUUUCUCAAAAAUUGCACUUUUGUAGGAUCAUAUCUUGCAUCGCUUGGUAACCUUACACAAAUCAUGCUGUUGGACCUCUCAUAUAACGGUUUUGGUGGCCAUAUUCCAUGGUCGCUUCUAAACCUUGAGAGACUCAAGGACUUGGAUCUUAGUGGCAACAAUUUUGUGGGUCAGUUUCCAGAAGUUGUGCGCAACUCAACAGGGAUCUCUUAUUUAUAUGAGUUUUCAGAAGGGCCACUGGUGGGACCUAUUCCUCGACACCUAACCAAGCUCACUUUAUAUAACAACUCACUCAACGGAACGAUGCCAUCUUGGUUAGGAAGCUUGCCAUCAUUGGAGGAGUUAAACCUCAGAAGAAACCAACUCAGCGGUAAUAUCUUUGAGUUCCAAUCUCGUUCUUUGUCACGGCUUGAUUUAAGUUAUAACAAGUUGCAUGGCCUGGUUCCAAGAUCAAUCUAUGAGCUAGUGAACCUUGGAUGGCUUGAUCUAUCAUCCAAUAACUUGAGUGGAACAGUGGAGUUCGAAAAGUUUUCAAAACUCCAGAGUCUUGUUAGGCUUAAUCUUUCCUCUAACCAUCUAUCCUUGAGUUUCAACAAUUUGAGUAACAACACCUGGCUUGAACUCAGCACACUAGAUUUGUCGUUUUGUAACAUAAGUGAGUUCCCAUACUUUCUAAGAGCCUCACCAAACUUGGAAGCGUUAUAUCUUUCCCACAACCGAAUUCAAGGAAACCUUCCCAAAUGGUUGUUGGAUGUGGGGAAGGAGUCAUUGACAUAUUUAGAUCUUUCUCACAACUUUUUGACGGGCACUGUAGAACUUCGGUGGAAAAACCUUCAAUAUCUUGACCUUCGCAACAAUUCAAUCCAAGGAAAGCUUCCAAUUCCACCACCUUCCACAUUUUACUUUACCAUAUCAAACAACCAAUUAAUUGGAGAGAUUCCUCCAAUUAUUUGCAGCCUGAGUUUCCUUCAAAUACUUGAUUUGUCUUAUAACAGAUUGAGUGGUAAAAUUCCUCAAUGCAUAGGAAACUUCAGUCAGAGGCUCUCCGUUUUGGAUCUAAGGAAGAAUAAAUUUGAUGGCAUCAUUCCUAAUACCUUUUCUACACGGAAUGUUUUGAGGAAUCUUAACCUUAAUGGAAACCAGUUGGAAGGGCCAUUGCCGUUGUCUUUGCUCACAUGUAGAGAGUUGGAAGUUCUAGACGUUGCCAAAAAACAAAAUUCAUGA